UCAGCCAAUGAUGUGUCACCUGACAAAAUGAGGAAGCAGAGCUACGCUACGGUUUCUGGAACAACCUGAUACUCAUAUUUACAGCUGCACCUUGUCACCGAGAUGGCCAAUACAGCAGUCACCAAGGAAAUCUCCUAUGAGGAUCUGAAAGGACUUCUGGGAAAAAGCCAGAAUCUGAUUCUGGUUGAUGUACGCUCUAAGGAGGAGGUUGAUAGAGGACAGAUUCCAGGUUCCAUUCACAUUCCAGUUGAAACUGUCGAGACUGCUUUUGCAAUGGACCCAGAGGAAUUUAAGGCCAAGUAUGGAGUUCCCAAGCCACCAGCUGACGCACCAGAGCUGGUGUUUCACUGCCAAGUGGGCAGAAGAGGAGCAGUGGCCACAAACAAGGCCUAUGAACUCGGAUACGUGAACGCACGUAAUUACACUGGUGGAUUUUCGGAGUGGUCUAAAAGGGAAGGAAAGUAAUUCCUUUUGAAGGAGAGCCUCACAAAGUGCUGUAUUUAUACUAAUUGUGAAACCUAUGGAGAAGCUAAAUUCACACGAAUGCCAUUGUUGAUUCACAUGGAAUAUUGUGUUUUAAAUAUGAUAAAAUACAAUUAAAAUGUUUUAUUGACUCUGAAAACAUGCAUUUGUCUGGAUCUUUACAGAGAAAUGAGUAUACU